AAGCUGUCAGUUGUGCAAAAUACACGGCCUAGUUAGUAGUGAAGUACAUAGGGCCAGUUAUAGUGAAGGGGGACACUUGAAGUGUUUAAACCCCAUGUGGAAAUUGUUUGUGUGGCAUUGGAAACUCUACCGCUUUGAGGCGGGAAUUUAAAUAUAAAUCAGGGCAUGGAGUAAUGAAAUAAUUCAGUAGUGUGCUAGAACAUGUAAACAGAUGCAUGGUUUGAGUGGAAAAUGAGGACAACAUUGUGGAAAGUUUAAUUGAAUGAAAAAUUCUCUUUUAAUAAUGAAUAAGUUUCAAGCUCGAAGAAAAUUAACAGGAGCCAAAGCUGAGAGAUGAAAAGUGGAACCAAAUAUGUUUUUUAAGUAUAUUCUGCAUGAGUGUCUUUGAUGAAGUGUUUCUUCCAGUGUUUCAACUCUGCAGCAGAUGCCAGGAACUGCUUUGAAAAGCAGUGAAGCGCAGGAAAUAAAAAUCAAAGUGGAUUUUCAUAUGUUGAAAAUCUUUCAGUCAUAUUUUGAAGCACUUGGAUUCUUUAGAUGCUGUGGAUAUUCUUUCCUAUGAAAGGUCACGCCUUGAUGCUGCAGAUACAGACUGGCUGCGCAUUUAUUCAGGAAAAUUUUUCAAUGACAGAAAGUCUGAGAUAACUUCAGGAAUCUUUUUCCCAGAGGGACCACAUGUCAACACUCAGUGUGAAUAACAUCCACUGAUUGAAGUUGUGAGAGGUGCAGAAAAAUACAUGGUGCUGCUGAAAUGCAAUAAGUCAAAUUGAAUUGUGCAUUUUAAACAAGGUGGAAUUAAUGUUGGUUGAGGAUAUCAAAAGUGUAGAAUAAAGGAAAUGGAAUUGUGUGUUUUUGCUUUAAAACAAACUGGAAUUAAUUUCAAUCUCAAGUAUUGACAGUGCAAAAUAAAUGAAAUGGCAUUUCAUGUGUGAUUUUUAAACAAGGUGAAAAUAAUUUUGCAUAGACAAAAUGAAGUUUAAGGAAAAACUGAAGCGCUCUUUGUCCAAAAGAUUGAAAUUGGACAGAACAAAAAAUAUACAUAAGUCAAAUGUUGACCUUGACAUCACUGAAAAAGCUGGUGUGAAAAAUACUGAUGAUGAGAUUAAAAUUGGUAUCAGUCAUCAUAGAAACAGAAACUUCAAAAGUGCCCAUAGAUGCACGCGAGAAAAUAUGCUCAAUAAAGUUGGAUGUAAAAAUACAAAUUCAAAUAGCACCAUCAAUGCCUUUGGUGAAGAAAAAGAGGCCAAAAUAGCUCCAGUGAAGUUAUCUGUGCAAACGUUAUUUGGAAAUGACGUAUCUGAAGUCUUAACACUGGUAAAACCACUUCAGUAUAAACCUGUGAUGAAAAGAAGUCUGCUUACAAGGAGAGGAAUGUUUGAUGAUGAAAAUGAUGAAUUUUGUAAUCUUGAUACUGAGUUAUCAUCUGAAAAAGUUCUUCCAUUGCACUUACAUGCAGUCAACAUUAAGAAUGGAAAUAAGGAACAGUUCAGUGUUCAACCUCUGACAUGUGGUGAUAUGUACGGAAAUGAUGAGACGGACACAGUCACAUUUGAUUCUGUCACAGUUGGUUCAUCAGCUGACAUUCAAAAGUCAGUGUUAAAGCUUUCACAGAAAUCAAAUCAUAGCAAAAAAGAUCAAGCAGGUGACACACAAGUAAAAAGUGUCCACUCACAACUUUUUGAAACAAUGCAAGAAUAUGACAAGGAAUAUGUGUUGAGAGACGUUAUAAAUACCAUGAAGUGUAGUCAUCCGAAGAUGACACUUACAAAAACAUUUAGUUCAGGAAAUGUGAAGAGACUGAAAGACCAGCCUCGUCUCGAACGCAGGAGCUCGCUCAGAAAUCCUUUCACAGACAAAAAGGAAGUGCCUGCUAAGGACAGUGUAGAAUCUUUUGAAAAUCCGUGGAUCCUUAGGUCAGAGCUCAAUCAUAAAUCUGACAUUACUGACCGUGAUAAAAAGAUGGACCAAAAGAGCGAUAUGGUUGACAGGUCUGUGAAGGUAUUAAUAUCGGAUGAAGUUCAAGAAGAACAUUAUGAGUCUUUUGGAUUUGAUGUUAGUCAACUUACUGGUGAACACAAGACUGCUGUGUCGAAAGAUUACGUAAAAGAUGAAAUGUUGGUUCGAAGUUCGAGCCAUGAUUCCUUGGACUCGUUUGGCUCCAGUGCACAUUCAGUGCAUUCUAAUGAGUUGUUCUUUUCUGACUCUGAGGCGGGACACCAUGAUGAUCAGAUUGAGAACAUGAGAAAUAACGAUUUUGAUUUUGCAAACAAUAAAACACAUACUUUAAAAGACAAGGAAAUUGUAAGUGGUGGGCUGAUUCCAAGGCAGAUUAUUCCAUAUUCUUUGUCAGAGAAAAUUGAUAAUGACAGGAUAGAUUCUAAGAGAAAGGGAAGAAAAACAAAAAGUAAGUCUAUAGAAGGAAGGAUUAAUGAAUGGGCUAAAAAUGGUUUAGCCUUCAUUGAUGGACAUGUUGUUGGCAUGCAAUCAGGUAUUAUUGAAGGCUUAAAGAAGUCUAUUUCAGUUGACAGUUCAACAGAAAGUGACCAAAGACACAAAAGAAAAACAACACCCUUUAGACGUUCACUGGAUUCUAGCUUGAAAUCAAGUGAUAUUUUGGGUCAGUUGGAGAAUGGGAUUAAAAGACGCUCGAUGUUAGCAAGUUCCACUGAACUGCUUCUGACACCUGUGCUGGAGGCAGAGGGCCAAGUACAGCAAAGGGUUGACAAAGGACACUCAGAACUAGACCCAACAAGAUUUUACACUUUGCCAAAUCCAAAGAAAUUAAAGUCCGGCAAAUCUCCAAGGCGAAAGGUGGGAAGAAUAGCUAGCUUGUCAAGGUUACUGAAUGACAAGACACGUUCCUUUACAAAUAAUAUAAAAGUUGGAAGUUCAUUUAAAAUAAGGAAUGAAAACAGCAAAGAAUCUGUUUCUGAUAAAGUUUGGGUUCCAUUGUCAUCAUCGGCCAAUUCUUUAGCAAACAAAGUAGUCAAGAGCGCCACUAAUUUUUCUACCAUGAUUCGAAGAAGAACCAGUUCUGUGACUGUCCCAGAUAGUCCCUUUAAGGAAUUUACAAAAAAGCGAACAAAGGUUACAGAUGAAAACAAAGUGGAGAUAGUUUAUGAAAAAGUACCAGUUUUUAUGCCGAGAAAACGACCCAUUUCUCUUCUGGAAAAAACAUCACAGGAAAAAAGAUUAAAAUUAAAUUUGAAGAUGGCUAAUGAUGUGAUGCAAAAUGAACUAGAUUCAAAUAGCCUUGAUUCAAGGUCAAGGACAAAUAGCUUAGUUCUCCGGCAAAGAAAUUUUUCGGGAAGUCAAGUUCAAAGUCCAACAUUGCUUGAUGAAAUCAUGCGCUCGGUUGACACAGCUCAGGUACGGAGGAUGUGUAGUGUUGUCAAUGACGACGAUGACCUCUCCUCUGACCAUGACACCUCCAGCGGAAGCUCAAUAUUUCUGUUCCAAAAGCAGUAUAGCAUGGACUCGGAAUUAUCAGGUCCGCAUUCUAAAAGAGAAAGCAUUGUGUUUUCAUUCUGCAGAGCUUGUGGAAAAGUAAGGAAUUUGUCAGACGGUAGUACAGAAUCUUGUAGAGUACGGGACAUAACCUCCAAGGCUGUAAUGAGGUCAGUUUUCUCACUCUGUGAUUUGACUGCUUCAUGUGCCUGUUUUAGAAAAGAAAAUGGUGCAAAAAUAGGCACUAGUAAUACCUCUGGAAAGGCAGAAAGAAAAUCCUGGGAUAUCAUGACUGGAAACAACUGCUUCCAGAAGAACCAGAGACGGAACAUAAGACCUAGAUCGAUGGUUGACCUUUGUUCAAAAGCACAUGCAGAAGACAGUGUAUAUUUGGGUACAAAUAGAAACAAACGAUUCAUUCUGGAGAAGUUUGAAGGUUUAACAGGCAUUUCCCAGGGAAGCUUAAGCAGAAACCAGCCUGUUCUGGAUCUAAGUGCGGACGAUCUAGAUAACUCUCUUGAGUCGGACUCUGAAAUAGUUGACAAUGAUGAUAAUGUUAGAAAGACUCAGUCUUGUAAUGAUCUACUGGACAGAGAAAUUGAAAUAGAGCAAAAAGCUGGGUCAUUGAAGCGUAAAGUAAAAGCUUUUACUGAUGAGGAUGUUGAGGAUGUAAGUUGGACAUCUUCUGAGGAAAUAUUAGAGGAUUUACAAAGUAUGAAAUCAGAUUUGUAUGCGUCUGAGGAUUUAAAGUGCAGUUCAUGUGUGGAUUUGAAAACCUCUAGUGAAUGUGAACUUGUAGAAAGUUUAAAAGUUACUCAAAAAGAGUCGAGAAUGGUGAAAGUUAAAUCCAUGUCAAGCUCUCAUGAUGUGUUGACAAGUUUGGUUGCUAUAGAAACUAUUGAUAUUGAUUAUGUUGAUUAUGAUGUCAUAAGAACAGCGUCUUACAUUACACAAUUCACUACAAACCCGACCAGUUCAAACACGAGGCCAGAAACCAAUGAGAUUACCUCAACCACUCAGGAUAUAGUUAAUUUAUUAAACAAUCCAAAUGAUACAGAUAGAACACUAAAAAUAAAGUCUUUCACUCAUAAAGCCAAUGAUGCAGCUCUUACUACUAAACCACCUUUACCUUGUAAAAACACUCACAAAAAAGUGCCAUCAUUAAGUAAUAUAUAUGAUCAAGAAAAGAAGAAUUCAGAGUCUAUUGUUAAUAGAACAACUCAGAGAUUUUCGAUGGUGGAACGCACACAAUCUUCUGAAAAAGAAAAUGAUGAGAAUUGUGGCAUUGAUAUUGACUUCAACAGUGUAAACUUUGGGAAAAUAUCAAGUACCCCAAAGUCUGCCAAGCUCGCAUCAAGUGAACAGCAACAGUUUUUAUUUGAUGCAAAACAUAUCAGGCAGUUCAUUGUAAAUAAAACUGUCAAGUCCAACUCUAUAACCAGGCGCAGAAGAUCUUUGUCUAGUGAUGAAAUUUCCGAUAAAAGAAAAGGAUCUGAAACUGCCAAAAACAGUGGAUCACUACCACGUCUUUCAGAGCGUUCAUGUCCAGAUGAGGUUUUUACACAAUUGCCAGCAAACACUUUACCUCCAAACCCUUUAAAACCAUGUCCUGAACUUUCAAAUCAGUUCUUUAUGGACCCAAAGUUUAAAUAUGACUUACCUCUCUUUGAUGCAUGUUCUGUUGAUGACAAGUUGUUGCCCUUUGGCGUGGAGCCUGUGUUCAAGUAUGAUAUGUGUCUGGGCUAUCUACUGUACACACUGGAGUGUGAUGAAAUGUCUGUAUGUGUGUAUUCCUUGCAGAGGAACAAGCAGAUUAUGGAGUCGGUGAUUACCCCCCUUGCUGCUGUGCCUGGAGGGUCUCCAAAACGUAAUGCCAAUGAGAAAACUAGUUCCACCAAGAAAGGGGCCAACAAGCAACGACCAGAAGAAAUGCCAAAUCCUGCAGCCCCUAUCACCCAAGUGCCUUCAGACAGACUGGUCCACGCCGGUCACGUGUUGAGGACGGUCCUGCUGACACGAGCCCCACACAUGAUCCGUGACAGGAAGUUCCACCUGCGCACGUACCGCCGCUGCAUGGUGGGCACGGAGAUGGUGGACUGGGUCCUUCAGCACAGUGGACUGGUGCACUCGCGCACGCAGGCUGUAGGCAUGUGGCAGGCACUUGUUGAGGAGGGAGUUGUGGUGCAUGUGUGUCACGAGCACCAGUUCAAAGACAAGUACCUGUUCUACCGGUUCCACUGUGAUGACGAGGGUGAGAGCACGGUUCCCAGUGCAGCCAUCAAGCGGGAGUGUGAGGACGAGCUGCAGGAAGUGUUCAUGAUGCUGGCACAGAACGGACCCGACGCCAUCAUGAGGAUGAUACUCAGAAAACCCUCCCAUGAGCGGACCAGCGAGGACCUUGAGAUUAUCUAUGAGGAGUUGCUGCACAUCAAGGCCCUGUCACACCUGUCCACCAUGGUCAAGAGGGAGCUGGCCAGUGUCCUCGUGUUUGAGUCUCACGCCAAGGCAGGCACUGUCUUGUUUAAUCAGGGCGACGAGGGGAAGUCCUGGUACAUCAUCCUCAAGGGGUCCGUCAAUGUUGUCAUCUACGGGAAAGGUGUUGUCUGCACACUUCAGGAGGGUGACGACUUUGGAAAGUUGGCUCUGGUCAACGAUGCCCCUAGGGCUGCCACUAUAGUGCUGCGAGAUGACAACUGCCACUUCCUCCGGGUAGACAAGGAUGACUUCAACAGAAUCCUGCGGGAUGUUGAAGCCAACACUGUGCGCCUCAAGGAGCACGGUCAGGAUGUCCUGGUACUGGAGAAGAUUCCCUCCAACAUGCAGGCUGCAGACGGCACCCUCACGUCACACUACAAGUACUCUGUGAUGGCUGGUACACCAGAAAAGAUGCUGGAACAUCUCCUGGAUAGUCGCCUGGACAACAAGAAUGAGACUGAGAUAGAUGGUUUCCUGGAAGACUUCCUGCUCACACAUGUUAUCUUCAUGCCGUGUAACCACCUCUGUCCUGUCCUGCUCUCACACUAUCAUUCCUCCACUGCGGAUGGUUCGGAGCACGAAGGUUUUGAGUUCAUGUUAAACCAUAAGAAGUGUGUCCUCCAUUUUGUCCAGGAGUGGUCAAAUAUCGUUGGAGCUGCAUUCAGAGAAGACGUGACCAUCAAUGCGUUCCUGAAGGAGUUACAUAUUUGUGUAAUGAGUGACCUGCAGGACUAUCCGACCUUGAAAGAUGACCUUAAACCUUUGGAAACAGUUCUCAGUACUCAAAUUGGUUCUCCAGCCAACAAAAUGAAAAAGCGUUCUUCAGGCACGUUCUCGUUUUCGCGGAAGCAAGUGAAGGAAUGCUUUCAAGACGCCCCGAAGAGUCGCAAACCCUUCAGACCUACAGAUGAGACUAUAUUCAAAGUCUAUUGUGCGGACCACUCCUAUACUACGCUCAAGUUGCCGUUGGAAACGAAAGUUGGAUCACUAUUGGAAUCUACCAUAGAGAAGCUCGGUCUGGGUGAAGACCUCAUACUCUGUGAAGUGAAAUCUACAGGAGAGCGGGUCAUUUUCAAGGACAAUGACCUCUGUGUAACCACUGGACUUAGCAUUAAUGGGCGCCUGUUUGUUACCCCCAAGGAACAUCUAGAUGCGCUGACGCCCCUCCCCGAGCAAGAGGGUCCCACAGAGAGCACAUUCUCCAGCAUCGAGGGGUUCAGUUCCCGGGAGAUGGCCUACCACCUGACCACAUACGACUGGGAGCUCUUCACCUGCGUUCAGGAGUAUGAGCUGAUAUACCAGGUGUUUGGCCGCUACAAGUUUGCCAAGAUCACCGCCAACCUGGACACCUUCCUCCAGCGCUUCAACGAGAUCCAGUUCUGGGUUGUCACGGAGAUGGUCCUGUGUACCAACCUCAGUAAAAGGGUCUCCCUGCUGAGGAAGUUCAUCAAGCUUGCUGCACACUGCAAAGAGUUCCAGAACUUGAACAGUUUCUUUGCUAUAGUGAUGGGCCUCAGUAACAUAGCUGUCAGUCGCCUGUCACAGACCUGGGAGAAACUGCCAGGCAAGUUCAAGAAGAUGUUUGCGGACUUUGAGACCCUGAUGGACCCGUCCCGUAAUCACCGGGUAUAUCGCUUCUCUGUGGCCAAGAUGUCGCCUCCCAUCAUACCCUUCAUGCCACUCUUAAUGAAAGAUAUGACAUUCACCCAUGAGGGGAACAAAACUUAUUUUGAUGGGCUGGUCAACUUUGAAAAAAUGCAUAUGAUUUCACAAACACUGAAGACGGUGCGAUUCUGUAGAAGUGCUCAACUGGAUAUUGAAGCCCCGUUAACUCUGAAGUCAUCCGAGACGUCGGAGUAUAUUCGGGGCCUGCGUGUCAUUGACAAUCAACGACUGCUUACCAACCUCUCACACAAGCUGGAACCCAGGAAAAGCUAGUAGUCAUGAUGCUGGCCUGUUAUAGACUCCAGUAGUCAUGAUGCUGGCCUGUUAUAUACUCCAUUAGUCAUGAUGCUGGCCUGUUAUAGACUGCAGUAGUCAUGAUGCUGGCCUGUAAUAGACUCCAGUAGUCAUGAUGCUGGCCUGUUAUAGACUCCAGUAGUCAUGAUGCUGGCCUGUUAUAGACUCCAGUAGUCAUGAUGCUGGCCUGUUAUAGACUCCAGUAGUCAUGAUGCUGGCCUGUUAUAGACUCCAGUAGUCAUGAUGCUGGCCUGUUAUAGACUCUAGUAGUCAUGAUGCUGGCCUGUUAUAGACUCCAUAUCAGCAGUGCUCUAUGAAAAUGGGGCUUAAUGCAUGUGCAUAAAGUGAAGUUUCAUCACAGAUUACCUUGUGCAGUACACUUUAAGCUUUUAUUAAAAGAAUGUUUAAAGGAUGUCACUUCCAAACAAAAAUCCUACCUUUUCCUGAUUCAGAAUGGCGUUGUUUACACCUCUAUGAAGUUGAGGAUUUGUUUGGAAAUGGAUGUUUUAUACAACAAAGAAGGACUUUUUUUAUACAGCCUGUCUCUACUCAAUGAAUAUUGGCAACAACACAAAAUGACCAAAUUAACCCAUUUAUGCCUAGUGGGCUCUCCCAUCCCUAAAGUGGAUCGAUUUAUUUCCCAAAUUAGGGAUGUCUAGUAUAUUUAUUUAUAUAUUUAGAAUAUUUGUUACAGAAAUUUCUUUAAGCAAACAGCGUAGACCCAGAUAAGACGCCGCAUCAUGUGUCACUGUUUGCCAAGGCCUUUUUUCUAGACGCUAGGCAUAAAUGGGUUAAAUUUGUUUCAUUCCUUCAUUUAUAUUUGCUGUCAUGUCAGAAUAUGAUGUACUGAGUAUAAAUAAAUACAUACCAGUUAACUUCUUCUUAUGGUGUGUUCAUAAUAAGAAUAAAAGUAUCCAUUUCAUAAUAGUAUUUUGAUAUUAAUAAUUUUUUAUAAUAUGAGGAUUUGUUCAUCUUAAGCCAGCUGUGUGAUUUGCUCAUUAUAUUAACAUGGACAGUCUGUUUUCUUUUAUAAAAUGACAAAAAUAACUUUCAUGUCAGAAAAAGCAUUUCCAUGACAACAUAUGUUUUUAUAAUUAAAAAUAUAUUGAUAAAGACUGACAUACUGUUCUUCAUUCAUAGAGUGUGAUAUUUAUGUAAUGUUAUUGUUUCUUUAUUUCAUGGUACACACAGGAUUGCUUGAAUACGAGCCACACUAUGGGAAAAUGGGGCUUAAUGCAUGUGGGUAGUCGUCACAAGCUAGUCACGGACAACAGUUUCCGCCUAAAUUUGAUUUUUGCUAAUAAAGAAGAUACUCCCUUAAACGAAAAAUUCGAUAAAAGCGGAAACUAUAAUCAUCCCUGAUUUGAUGACUGCACAGGCUUUUAUGGGACAGCACUUCAGGCUGCACAGGCUUGUAUGGGACAGCACUUCACAGGCUUGUAUGUGACAGCACUUCAGGCUGCACAGGCUUGUAUGGGACAGCACUUCAGGCUGUACAGGCUUGUAUAGGACAGCACUUCAGGCUGCACAGGCUUGUAUGGGACAGCACUUCAGGCUGCACAGGCUUGUAUGGGACAGCACUUCACAGGCUUGUAUGGGACAUGACUUCAGGCUGCACAGGCUUGUAUGUGACAGCACUUCAGGCUGCACAGGCUUGUAUGGGACAGCACUUCACAUGCUUGUAUGGGACAGCACUUCAGGCUGCACAGGCUUGUAUGGGACAGCACUUCAGGCUGCACAGGCUUGUAUGUGACAGCACUUCAGGCUGCACAGGCUUGUAUGGGACAGCACUUCACAGGCUUGUAUGUGACAGCACUUCAGGCUGCACAGGCUUGUAUGGGACAGCACUUCAGGCUGUACAGGCUUGUAUGGGACAGCACUUCAGGCUGCACAGGCUUGUAUGGGACAGCACUUCAGGUGCAUGCAUUAAGCCCCAUUUUCCCAGAGCAGGGCUCAUAUGAGUCGUGCAAUAUUUAGGGCUCAAGUGGUUUUCAUACUAGUUCUGUUAUUGUUGUUUUAUAACUUGCAUACGUGUAAUUUUUUAAUGUUUUCAUUAUUGUACACAAUAGUUUUAAUGUUAAAAAAACAUUGUUUUGUAAAUUAUUAUUUUGUAUAAUAGUGCUUUUAAUGUUGUAUAUUUCUAUAUAGUUAUUUAUGUAUGGUUUAUGUAUUUUAUUUUUUCAAUAAGGGUUCAUUGUCAGCUCUUAUGUCAUUCUGUAUAAAUUACAUUUUCUUUUUCAAUUAAUACCAAAAUGUUUUACUAUCCAAACAUGUUCUUUUUCAUCAAAAUCAAAAUUUGUGUUUUGAUUCCUUUCCUUUUAGAAACAAAGAAAGGCAGAAAAAGAUGUGUUUCAUAAAGCCAAGACAUUAUUAGUGAAAUUCUUUUUGUUAAUGAAUUUAAACCCCCAUUCCAAAAAUCCUCUUUAGUAUGACAAUUUUAUCUUACUGCGUCCAUGGUGAUAAAAAGUAUCCAAAGACUCAAUAUUUGGGACUGUGUAUAAAUGCUGAAUAAAAAUGUAUAUAAUAAUUAUAAUGAAUAGAAAAUUGCUCAGUGUGCUAUUUUUGUAUGAUUUACAUGUAUGAUAAAAUGUGUUUUGUAAAUAUUGUGUAUUUAUCUGGAAGUAAAAUGUGUUGUUAUUAUUCAUCCUCUGCAGUAAUUAAAAUGACACAAAUGGGAACAAAUAUACAUACAUGUUUAAGCCAUGCAUAAUUUGUGAACUGCUAUUACUUUUAAGAAGUACAAAUAUUAAAAAAUAAAUAUGUCUGUUCUUAGAUAUGUUAUGAUUUUACUUGUCUAUUUUGUUAUGCUUGACAAUUUUCUUCAUCCCUGUAUUUAAAUCAUCAUGUAGGCAUUAUUUUUGACAAAUCAUUAAUGAAAACCAUUCAAAUAUGUAUUUGAAAUGUAGAGUCUAUAAUACAUUUACUUGGGUUGGGGAAGGUUGAAAGCAAUAUCUAAUCUUCAUUUUAUAAUGUUAAGUUCUUGCAUAUUUAAAGUGUAGUUUUUUUGUUCUUGUACAUUGAAGUUUUCAUACCAGUACAUGUAAAUGAAAAUCUAGCAUUGCAUUUCAUGACACUUGUUUGUAAAAGUUGUUUAUGUCUGUCAUAUUUUGUUAAGUAUUUACCUGUGCAGAGAUUAAAUGACAAAACAUGACAA